CGGAGGCAACGACCAUGAAAAGCAACACGAGCACGUUUGUGGCGCUCUUGGAAAAGACGACAGACUUUGACAAGGAUGAGCGCUACAUGGCGACCUCCGAUCUGUGCAACGAACUCCAGAAAGACGUCGAGCUCGGCCCCGAUCUCGAACGCAAAAUCUGCGCGGCCGUGUUGAAACAAUUGGACGACAAGUCGAAUGAUGUGCAGUCAAUCGCUGUGAAAUGUUUGGGAAUUUUGGUCACCAAAGUGCAAGAAAAGCAAGUGGGCGACAUUUGCGAAAAGCUGUGCGACUUGAUCCUGAACGGCAAACCAGAACUGCGCGACAUCUACUCGAUCGGGUUGAAAACGAUCUUGACGGACGUGAGCACCAAGACUGGCGCGUCCGUGUCGACGGCGCUGUGCGGCCGCCUGCUGAUCGGGAUUGCGCAAUACGCGGACCAAGCCGUCAAGUCGGACACACUCGACAUUCUCACGGAGCUGCUCAAACGCUUCGGCCACGAUUUCCCCAGCGAACACGUGUCGAUCAUGGACUUGCUAUUGAAGGAGCUCAAGGACGACCGCGCGUUUGUCCGCAAGCGCGUGACGUCGUGUUUGGGUGCGCUCGGGAUCGUCGCCACUGACGCGCUGCUGCAUCGUCUGGUGGACCAUCUGCUCGGCGACGUCAAGCAGGCCUCCGCCGCGUCGUCUUCCGACUCAUCGGAAGUCCGGACGCUGAUCCAGACCAUCGGCACCCUCAGCCGCACGGUGGGCCACCGCCUCGGGCGCCACUUGCCGACCAUCGUGCCGCUCUUCUUGACCUUUUGCGGCACCCCCGACAACGAAGCGAUGCAAAACGACACGGCCAACGAACUCCGCGAGAACUGUUUCCAAGGCCUCGAGGCGUUUGUGCUGCGCUGCCACGCGGAAAUCACCCCGCACACGACCGACAUUUUGUCGGUGGCGAUCGCGUUUUCCAAGUACGACCCCAACUACAUGUACGGCGACGACGACGGCGAUGACGAUACCAUGCAAGGCGACGACGCGGACGACGACGACCAGUACAGUGACGACGGGGACAACGACUACAGCGACGACGAUGACGCGAGCUGGAAAGUCCGCCGCGCUGCCCUUCGCGUCGUCUCGGCGAUCAUCGGCACCCGUCGCGAGCUGCUUGAGCUGAUCUACAACCAGUACAGUGAAACGCUCAUCAAUCGCUUCAAGGAGCGCGAAGAAAGCGUGCGCAUCGACGUGUUUGGCGUUGUGUCGGACCUGCUGCGCGCCACGGUGCUCCUCCACCCCCCUUCCCCCGCCGCCGACGCUAAAGCCGCGACCCGUCCAGUGUUUGCCCGCCAGCGCUCGUGCGUUGACCAGCUGCACUCCCGAGUGGGCACGAUCAUUGCCGCGGCCAACAAGCAAUUGGGUCCCAAAACGUCCGUGGCGACGCGGUGCGCGGUGCUGGGCAUGCUGCGCGAACUCGCCAAGGUGGAAGAGGGUCAGCUGGGGCCGUACCUCGACGUGCUGGUGCCCAACGUGCUAAAGGCGCUCCAAGACCGCAACUCGAGCUUGAAGCUGGACGCGAUUUUAUUUUUGCGGCUGCUGCUCUCGACCCACGACGCGGCGUUGUUUCAAAAACACUUGUCGGCGAUCGUGCCGUUGGCUGUCGAGAACGCCAAAGACGACUGGUACAAGAUUGUCGCGAAGGCGCUGCAGCUCGUCGCGGCCAUCGUCCAAGUGCUUCGCCCGUCGCCUGGCACGACUCCCCUGCCACCCCCCCUCGUGUCGUUUGUCCAACCGCUGUACACGGCGGUGCUGCCGCGCUUGCAAGCGUACGACAUUGACCAAGAAAUCAAAGACAAUGCGAUUGCCAGCAUGGGGCUGAUUGUCGCCUCGUUGGGAGACCAUUUGACGAGCGCCCUUCCAGUGGUAUUGCCACUCAUUCAAGAGCGUGUGCAGAACGAAAUCACCCGCAUCGCCGCGAUCAAAGCGCUCGGCAUCAUUGCGCGGUCGCCGCUCCAGCUGGACUUGUCGAUUGUGUUGGCGGACGUGGUCACGAGUUUGUCGCAGUUGUUGCGCCAGCAAUCGCGCACUUUGAAGCAAACGGCGCUCGACACGUUGAUCGCCCUUGUGACCAGUAAGGGGGCGGACAUCCCGUUGCCCAUCCUGUGCGACACUGUGCGUGAGGCGGCGGCUUUGAUCUCCGACACUGACCUCCAGCUGAGCACCCUUGCGCUCACGUUGGUGCUCCGCACAGUGGAAGCCUCCCCAGCGGUGGCCCAGGACCCGGCGUUGCUAACCAAGGCACUCCCGAACGCCCUGUCAUUGGCCGCCAGUGCACUGCUGCAAGGCCAAACCUUGGACGCGUUGUUUGCGUUCCUCGGGCACCUGGUCGCUGACCACGGCUUUGACCGUCUCUUCGACCAACUAUACAGCACGCCGCGACCGGACGCCACCAAGCAUGCGCUGCACAACGUCGCGCGGUGCGUGGCGGCGAUCUGCGUCAAGGCGCCUGUGGCAUCGCAGAAGAAGGCGUUCGACUUGUUUGUGCAAGACAUUGGCGGGUCGGGCGUGGAGCAGACCCACGUGGCGCUGUUUUGCCUAGGGGAAUUCGGCCGCGUCACAAACGUGGCGAGCUUUGGCGAUGUGCGGGCGUUGAUUCUCGGCUGCUUUCAGACUGGCAAAACGAGCGAGGAAGUCAAGCACGCGGCGGCGUUUGCCCUGGGCAGUGUGUGCGUGGGCAACAUGAGCGUGUACUUACCGACGAUCUUGGACGAACUGACGCACGACAGCGGCGCGCACGUGUAUUUGCUCCUGAGCGCGUUGAAGGAAGUGUUGUCGACCAAGAAGACGGACGUCGUCAACCAGUACGUGUCGGCGGUGCUGCCCGUGCUCAACAAGCACUGCGAAAGCGACGAGGAAGGCGUGCGUAACAUGGUGGCGGAGUGCCUCGGCAAGUUGGCUCUGCUCAACCCGGCGUUGAUUUUGCCCAGUGUGACCAAGUUCUGCGACGCCAGCACCCCCGUCAAGACGCGGUGGACCGCCGUCACGUGCUUGAAGUACUGCAUGGCGUGUGGCCCCGACGGCGAGCCCAUGCACCACCUGACGGUGCAUCCCAUUUUGAGUGCCCUGCAAGACGAAGACAUGGGGGUGCGCCGUGCGGCGCUGGUGACGUUGAAUUCCGCCGCCCACCAUCAAGCCGCGUUCCUAAAGCCACACGUCCGCGAGUCGAUUGUGCCCAUCCUGCUCAAGACAAUGGAGAUCAAACUCGAACGCGUGGUGGAUUUGGGUCCAUUCAAGCACAAGGUGGACGACGGGCUCGUGCUUCGAAAAGGCGCGUACGGGUGCUUCGACACGUUGCUGGACACGCUGCCGGGCGAAGUGGACGUGAACGCGUUCGCCCCGUACUUGCUCAAGGGUCUGGAAGACCACGACGACGUGCAGAUGCUGUCGCAUCAGAUUUUGGCCAAGUUGACCACGGUCGCCCCCGGUACGGUCCUGAGCAACCUGGACGUGCUCUGUGUCGUGCUGGACAAGGCAUUGAACCGUCGCCCAAAGGAAACGCAGGUGGGCAGCGAAGUCGAGCGCAUCAACGACGUCAUUCGAAGCGCGCUGCGUGCCGUGGACGCGGCCUCGUGCAUCCGCGAUGCCGACGCCAACCCCAAGUGGAAGGCGCUAAUGGACAAGAUCAAGAAGACGGAAAACUUGUCGGUGAUGCUGGAAGCCAUCUCCAUCGAGCGCGGCGUCGGUGCCGAGUUGUAAACGCUUCCACGAAACAGCGAGUAACCCAACAUGUUGUUUUGCAUACGUUUGUGCAGUUCAUGUAUUUACACGCCAUCGUCACAGUUAUGACGGUAGCACUUACUACCCUACUACUGUACACCUACCCCAGUACAACUGUCUAUCUACUGCACACAACCACUCGUCCUAUUUCACCUACACAUACACUUACAUGCAGAAUCUACCUGUGCUUACAGAAUGAACUUCAAGCGCACUGCUGGCGAUGUCUUGGCGCACGUAGUGUUUAGUGUCCGACGCUCCUUGGUUGCUCGUUCCACGGCGGCUUGAUCUUCCUGCAUCCGCUGCUGGCGCUUUCGCAUUUGAUUCUUGUGACGGCUCAAAUGCUCGGCCAAACUCUCUUCGCGCUCGAACGAUUUGUGGCACAUGUUGCAUCGAUGCCAUAGCUUGGUCAUCGUCGUCCCUUGCACCGACUGUGACAUCGCCUUGCCAUGAUCCUUCGACGGACUCAGCGUCGACUGGGUAGGUAAUCGAUCGGCGGCCUUGAGUGGGGUCAGUGCACUGACUCGUGGGGUGGCGCGUUCGUCGUUGAGGGUAGGAAGACGCUCCAUGUGGUUGUUUGUGUCCACGGCGGCCGUGGCGGGAACGUUGUGGCGUAGCGGCGGCAAAGUCAUGGACACCAAGAUUGCCCUGCUGGCGACAGCUGGAAAUGCAAACGAGUUGUGGGUCAUGUAGGAUCGAAUGGAGAAUGACAACCCAAUGCGAUACUGUAAUUCAAAACACGGC